AUGCUUUAUGCUCUCGCCCUCAGCCAUCCCACACCCCCUAACCUUGCUCCCUCAACGGAAUGGCGAAUUGGCCCUCCCCGAGCAAUCGACAGCAACCCAACCUCGACGGUCCAUUUUCCAACGCCCAGCAGCGGUCCUUUUACCCCGCGUCUCCCGGCUUCCCUGUGGCUCCUUGCCUCUGGCCCCGACCCAGGUGAUGGCCAGAAGCCGAGCAUCAAUGUCGUCUCCUUUCCUUACACGCUGCUCUUCCCCUCUACUGGUCAUGCAACACUCUACGCAACGACGUCGCCAUUACACAAGGAGACGAAGAAGAAGUCUACGAUGAUGAGAGCCCCCUUGGCUCUUUGGCCCUCUGAUAUUCUCACUCGACCAGUUCCCGCUGACGGCUUGGCGACUCGCAGGUGCCAGACAUGCCUCCGGCUCGGCCUCGAAUGCGUGCAGUUUGACAUCUUCUGUCCCAUCAACGUCGUCACGCCGACACGCGACACCCGGUCGUCGAGAUCCGCGAGCGACGCCGACGCGGAACCGGAUGCGGACGAAUCGAACCACUCGAGCCCGGCAUCGACUUCGUCGGGGUCCUCCGGCGGCUCGACAGAGGAUGCCGAGUCCAGCAGCGGCCGCGAGCUGGUGCCGAUGAAGGCGCGCAGGCUGUCGCGGUCCUCGACCCAGUCCCAGCCGGAGCUGCAGUUCCAGACGCAGUUCCAGCUCGUCCACCCGGGCCGCCGUCGCCGCGGCAAUCGCGAGAACCAGGAUCGCCAGGCCGUGGCCCUGCGGGCGCGCGGCGGCUCGCGGGAGAUUCCGUCGCUGUCGGAGUUUUCCUAUCUCUCUACGAGCGAAUACUUUUACCUGCAGUACUACCUGGAGCGGCUGAGCAACGUGCUGGUCAACGCAAACAGCCGCGUCAACCCGCUCAAGUCGCUGAUUCUGCCGCGGAUCUCCUCGUCGAGCCUGCUGCUUGAUGCCAUCUGUGCCACGGCUGCUGUGCACCGCUCGAGCGCAUCAGAGGUGGAUCGAUCGGAAUACGCAACCAUGGCAACGCGAUAUUAUGUCCGGGUGUUGUCGGCGGUGCGAGAGUUGAUCCCGCGAGUGUCGAGUUCUAAAUCGGGUUCCGGUUCCGGCUCUGGCCGAGCAAUGGAUUUGAUAACUGAUGGGAACGAAGCAAGUCCUGUCGACGACGGUAGCGAUAUUGGCGAAGACGAUGCUGCCAGCAGUAGUGGCAAGGGCAAGGGCAAGGGCAAAGCCAAGAAUAACAGGAGCAAGGCCAUCGAGGACAAGGACACGGCUGAAAUGGCCAUCCUCGCCUCAAUCUUUCUCUGCAAGUACGAGAUCAUCAAGGACGGCGUUGAGAAUUGGCGCUUGCACCUGAGAGGGAUCGAGUCCCUGUGCCAAUCGCUGGAUGCAGACCAGGCUGCCUCCAUGUCGGAGACGCUGACCUACGUUCGAAGCUUCAUGUCGUAUCAUAAGAAUAUUGCUCGCAUCACAGAGACUUCACCGCAGGAAGCCGACGAGUUUGAGCACGAGCCCUUUGAACAAGACAGACUGUUUCCAGUCGACCCGUACAUGGGCUUUUCCCAGAGCCUCAUCAUUCUUCUAGGUCGAGUCAAUGAUCUCCUCGCAAUCAACGUCCAGCAUGAACCCGAGAAGCUGGAGCAAGGGAUCAGGGAAUUGUUGCGCCUGCUCGCCCUGAGAAGCUGGGACGCGCAUCGAUUCGCCAUUCCAGAGGGUAUGAAGCCGUCGACAAUCGAAAACUCUUCCCACAUUGCCGAGGCGUAUCGGUGUGCCGUCAUUGCCUGCGUCCAUGCCGCUCUCGAGCUUCUGGCGGAGAGGGAGCCGAGGGAGCGAGGCGGCGUCGUUUCGUCUCGACCAGGUUCAACGCCGCUGGACUUGUCGUUGCCGUCAGAGUCGCUCUCGCAGUUGUCAUUGUCACCACAAGCCCUGACACAGGCUCAAGUACAGGCUCAAAUGCAAGCUCAAUUGGAAGCUCAACAUCGAGCCCAGUUCCUGGCACAAGCCCAGCACAAGAUGCCAAUCAACUGGGGCUACCUGCAUGCUCUGCUGCCCAUGACAAAGGCCGACGCUCUGACAGAGUGCCUGGCGGCGGUGGCUCGGGUUCCGCUUGGGUGUCCGGAAGAGGCCGGGCUGCUCCCUCUCCUCUUCAUCGUUGCCUGUGAGACCAACCGGCCGGAGCAGGCGCGGGAGGCGCUGCAGCGUGUGGAGGCGCUGGGCAGCCACAUUGGCUUGGGCAACGUCAGGUGCGCGAGUGCCUUGUUGAACCAGGUCUGGAAGAGGAGGUCGGAGAAGGGAAACUUCUCGGACUGGAGGGGGUUGCUGGCGGAUGCCAAUUGGGAUCUCAUCAUCACUUGA